CACUACAGUACCCUACUCGUACUCUGUUGAAAGGGAAAACAAACAGCACCGGCAACAAGGAACAAACCACACAAGAGAGCGGUCGGCUUUUCGCAAAAAAGAAUGGCUUCUUUCUGCUCGAUCGAGGCAGGCUUCCCCUUUGUCUUUUUCGAUGGCGAUGGGGAGGCGGUGAACGGGACAGCGGUUGCCACGGCUGGUGGAAACGGCACCGGCAGCUGUUUCUUUCCCUCCGCCACCUGCAGCCCGGAGGGCAGGGUCUCGGACUGCUGCGGCAUUUCCCCGAGCGCCGGAGUGGCAACCGGGGCCAAUUACAUGUUCCUUGCGUUCGCCUUUUUCAUGGCACCCCUGUUCUGGGCCAUCUCUGCAAUCUACGGCAGCAUGACGCCGGAGGAACGAGAGAUUAGCGACCAGAAAGACGAGGAACGAAAGCCGCGGUUCAUCACCCACAACCGGUGCAUCCCGGAGUUUCUGAAAAAGACUCUGCUGGGCGUGUACGAACUGGGCCUCCCCUUUGUGAUCACCGCAAGGGUCACGAUCCCCAUCUUUGCCAAAAAGACCCAGCAGCGGUACAUGACCGUCGACCAGCGGACGAGCCUUGCGGCCUCGGAAGCCUUCAUGGUGCCCUUUUUCACCAUCUUCACCUUUGUCGAGGAAAUCGUCAUGAUCCGUGUGAACUACGCCGUCUCCGAAAACGACAAGGCGCUCACGGACCGUUUGGUCCACGCGGGAUUGGCCGGAGUCAUCGUAACGGGGACCAUCGGGGGCAUCGUCGGAACCGCCCUGGGUCUUUUGCCGGGGGCACUGGAGGCCCUGACGAUUCCGGGUGCGGAAAACGACGUUGCCGUGUAUCCGGGGUGCAAUUUCCUGGAGGCGGUGGACGUUUCGAUGAUUCUUCCGUAUUGGUUGCUGGAGUCAUGGGAGCUCAUCGGAAAACAGAUCGGCGGUGUUCUCAGUGGGUUUCUCUUUGGAGCCCUGGAAUUCAACCUGCUUGGUUGGAUCGGAUUGGUCGGGGAGAUACUCUACUGCUUCAUUUGGUUCGGAAACAUUGCCACGUACGGAAAUCCGGUGACGCUGCUCGGUAUUGCCGAGUUUGUCCUGGACUGGACGACACCGAUUCUGCUGACUCUGUUUUUGGUGACCCCCAUUGGAUCGCAGAUCCGGGAGCAGACGUGAGUCGAGUUGUGCCGAGCCGAGCCGAGCCGAGCUACCAUCCUCUGAAUGCAUGCUUUGCUCACUUAUUUUCUUUCUUGAUUCUUUCUUGGUCCGUUUCCUUGCACUCGUUUCACAAAGUGGUGUCGAGUUGUCGAUCACGAAAGUCUGCUCCUACUUUUUGCGUCCUUUGGCUGCCUUUCGUAAGCCUGCCCUGGAACAAAGCGACGAAAAAGAUGGCAGCGAUGAUAUCAAUGGCGACAAGGACAAUGCCGCUAGCAGCAAUGGCGAUGGCAACGACAGCGACGAUGACGAUGACGACGAUCAGCGAGAAACCAUGUCGCUUCUGAUAGAAGGCCUCAAGAUUAUGUUUAUGGACAUUGUCAUUCAGGCCUGCAUGACGUGUUCCAUAUAUCUGGCUCUGACGACAGACGGUGCGAUUGCCUACCAGAUCACGGCACUCCAAUCCGAACUCCCGGCGUAUGGAAUUGCCUACGCGAUGGGAAUGGCCAUUAAUACACAGAUUUUGGGCCCAAUCUUUUUGUCGAAUGGGAUGCAUGGAUUGUUCGUGAAAUACAUCAAGAUCUCAAUGGCCUGCGUUCUUGUCCUAGUUGCUCUCAUUUGCAGUUCAACCGGUCCCUUCUUCCGCGGACUGGCACUCGAUUCGGGCGCAAACGCAUGUACCUAUGCGUCGAGUGCCGAGUGCCUUCCGUACUUCGAGAACGUCUUUGGACCAAACGGAGAAGGGGGAAUCUAUACCCUUUUUUUCACCUACUACGCCUUUCCGAUUGCCGCCAGCAUCGAUGCCAUUCUCCUGGUAAUGCGGGCGACGCUGCUGACGCUUCUAGAUUUCGAUUACAUGUUCUACUCCACGAUCGCCGCAAGCAUCUCCUACGUUCCGGCCAUUCUUGUCGUGACGCUGGCCCCGCUAAGCGUUCAAAACCAGGCAAUCGGUAUGUUCUCGGCCUAUUACGUCCCACAGGUGAUGCUGGUCUUUUGCUUUUCCGCCCGGCUUGUGUUCGUCACGCGAAAGCUCGAGGCCGGCGAGACCGGCCCGUGGUCGUCCCCACAAAAACAAAAGGAGCGACGGAGCUCCAUGCAAUCUGCGCAAUCGAUCAGAGGCAUUUCGCAAUCGAUCAGAGGCAUUACGGCGGAGGAUGCCAUUGAGGCGGCAAAUGCCGAGAAGCGAGCGGCUGACUAUUCCAACAUCCAUUCCAACCACUCGUCAUCAAGCUGCAGCGCGUAAUAAUUUGGAGCAUGGAUGACAAACAGAAAAAACAAAAACACUAUGAAUAGAUAUCAAAUAACUGA